AAAACAAACAACUUCUUAGAGAUGUUGGGCCUUCUCUCUCUCUCUCUCUCUCUCUCUCUCUAUAUUUAUAUGCUGAACAACCUCAUAAAUCCUAAACCGUUUUCUCCCAAAGAACUAUCUAACAUAACCGUAUCAGUUCCCUCCUACCCCCGUAGCUACCCUGAUGGAAGGGAGUGACGAUUGUUCAAACCUUACAAAAACCAUCUUUGAUAUAAUCAAAGAAGGUGAAAACAAGACCAAAUCCAUGCCAUCUCCAUGUAUUUUCAGGGUCCCGGAGGAGCUUCGCAAGGUGAAGGAAAGUGCCUACACUCCACAACUCGUCUCAAUCGGACUUCUUCACAGCAACAAAGAACAUCUUAAAUCACCCAUGGAGGACAUUAAGAAGUACUACGCCAGUGUCCUGUUUAGGCGAAUGAAGCAGGCCAAUGAUAAAAUGAAUAUUAUCCUGGAGCUAGAGAAAUGUGUAAAGAACAUGAAACUGUCGUUAGACAGAGUCAGGGAUUGCUAUGCAGAGAAAGUAGAAGUUGAUGCCCUGGAGGAUGUGGAGAAAAUGAAAGAGUUGUUAGACAUUACAGCCAAGGAAUGCUUUCCAAAGAAAGUCGAUGCCCUGGAUGUAACCGUGUUGGUCAUCGAUGCUUGUUUCAUACUCGAACUUCUCUACAGGUAUCACCAUACAUACAAACCAAGGAACUCUGAUGAUGAGACACCAUAUCAUUGUUAUGAUGGUUGUAUUCAAUUUUUUCUCGGCAAAAAUCCUCAUCAUACCAGCAGCAACCCAAAUUCCAAACCUCACGAAGAGCCUCAUCAUACCGAAAUGAUCGAAACCAGCAACAACCUAAAUCCUAAUAAGAAAACAAGUCGAGAUUUCUGUUUCGACAGCGCUCUGACUCGCGUCGCAAUUAAACAUGACUUGUUGCUAUUGGAGAACCAGCUUCCCUUCUUCGUUCUCGAGGACUUGUUUGACCUCACGGUGGCUACUAUUCCGAAUCAUCUGCCUAGUCUUAGUCACUAUCUCCUCUCAUACUUUGGCAACAUGAUGAAUCCCUCAGAACAAGGCGGCAAGAAUGACUGGAAACCGAAGAUUUGUAAGGGAGUUAGUCAUAUCCUCCACUUUCUAUACGAUCAAUACCGUCAACAAGAAGGUAGACCAGAACAACAAGAUUCAGCAAAAACCGAUGUUAAUAAUUAUGAUUCCAUGCCUCCUGCAUCAGAACUCGAGUAUGCAGGAGUCAAGUUUGAAGUCGGUACUAAAACCGGUGAUAGAGACCCCCUGUUCAUGGUCCAAUUUGAUGACCCACAAGGCCUUUUCUGGUUCUGCCAUAGAGCUUCUUUCAAAAUCCCAACUCUGCGAAUUAGUGCCACUACAGAAACACUCCUGAGAAACCUCAUUGCUUUCGAGCAGUGUUACACUGGUCUUGAUCGUAACACUGGCCAUGAUCGUCUUGAUUUUUACUUCACAUCGUAUGCUACCCUCAUGGAUAGACUCGUAGACAAUAAGAAUGACGUGAAAGUGCUUCAAAAGGCUGGAGUCAUACGUAGUUGUCUCGGCGAAAGAGAAAAGGCCUCUGAUCUGUUCAACAGUCUCUGCAAGGAAAUUGUUCUGCCUCGGGAUAAUUUCUAUUUCGCUCAAACUUGCAAUCAGGCUGCUAGCUACAGCAAGCGUUGUUGGCCUAAAUCUUUGGCGUAUCUGAUGCGUACAUAUUUCACAUAUCCAUGGACAUUCAUAGCUUUCUUGGUUGCCUUCAUCGCCUUUGGCAUGUCAAUCACACAAUUCAUCCGUAGUUUCCUUCGUUGAGGAUUAUUCUGCCAGAAUUACUUACUACUCCCAUUUUAUGGCUUCUCAGUAGUCGGUUACGAGUCAAAAUGGUGUUGGUUAUGAAAUAUGUGGUCUUAUUUGUAAGAUAUGUGGUAAUAAUUGUUAAAUAUGUGGUAUUAAUUGUGAGAUAUGUUGUGUUCCCUUGUACCUUGUUAUCUCCAUCAAUAAAGUAUUUGCUAAUAAAUAAAGUCUUUGCUGCCAUUUUUUUUU